AUGCGCACUGCGCCUCAGCAUCGGCCUGAGUCCAGUUGCGUUGAGCAGUGUCCUCUACGCCGACGGCGACGGCGACGGCCCCAAAAUCAGCUCAAUUCACACCAUUUUCCGCUGACCAUGGGCGGCAAGGCCAAGAGCUACAUUCGCGAGGGGGAGCCCCACCUCAAGCCCUUCAUUGUCGUGCGGGGCGCAGACAAGGCGCUGGAGUUCUACCAGAAGGCGCUCGGCGCAGAAGAGCUCCAUCGGCUGCGCUCGCCCACCGGAAAGGUGGUUCAUGGGGCAAUCCGCAUCCAGGGCUGUCUCCUCAUGAUUGCAGAGGAAGAUGCUGAGAAUGGGUUCAAGUCUCCUGAGCUCCUGGGCGGGUCAGCAGGAGGAUUUGCUGUGUACUAUGAGGACUGCGAUGCGGCGUUCAAGAGGGCGGUGGAAGCGGGGGCAAACGUGGUUCAUGAAGUGCACGAUCAUUUCCAUGGGGAGCGGUGCGGGACGAUCCAGGACCCCUUUGGGCACCAGUGGGCGAUCACGACGCUGAUUGAGGAUCUGACGCCGGAGGAGGUGCAGAAAAAGAUAGACGAUAUGAUGGCACCGCCGUCGUAAGUGGGGCCGUAUUGAGUUUGUAAAGCUGAGAAUGACAAUGUUGAAGGGUUUGUUCUGUAAUGUAUACGUCUUGCUUAAUAGCACAGCCCAGGAGCAGCUGCUGCCCAGCUGCUGACUUGUUGAGCUUGUGAGUAGUGAUAAAAUUCCGUACAAGUUGCUGUAAGUGGUCUAGAAAUUUUCACUUAAAACCUUAAGAUUGCUUACUAUAUCAUUAGUCUUGUCUUGUGAAUAUGAGAGUUGGGGUUGACAAACAAUAGAUGGACGUGGAAAAUUUCGCUGACAAGAUACUCUAAGAACAUACUUUGAAUAGUAUAUGCACAGUUUCAGAUCCUCUAUAUCUGCCCAAUCUUCUUUCCCAUACACUCCUGUCGGCUUGAUUGAAUGCUGGCUCCUUCCCGGACGCUGAUCAGCACGCGGAUUGCAAGGGCAGUGUGGAUCUGGACCAUCAGAUUGGAAGAACUUGCGUCUGG